AUGGUAGUAUGUUUUCAAUAUAAUCGUUUGUUUUUAUUCAAAUCCAUUUUAACAAACGUAUUUCCUUCCUAUAAAUGGUAUUCUCGGACACCAGUAGCGGUUCGUUAUCGGGCGCAAUCGAAAGCAUUAAUAAAACAAAAGAUCGAUACGCCAGAAUAUCGAACUUUAUUAACACCAAGUCUAUUGAAAUUAGUUGAACUAUUUAAAUCAAAUCAACAUGAAUUACGUGUUGCAGGUGGUGCUGUACGUGAUAUUCUAAUGGGUAUUAAUCCGCAUGAUGUAGAUUUUGCUACAACAGCAACACCUGAACAAGUCAAAACGAUGUUAAACGAAGCAAAUAUACGACUGAUUAAUGCGAACGGAGAAAAACAUGGAACGAUUACUGCUCGUAUUGAUGAUAAGGAUAAUUUUGAAGUAACAACAUUACGAGUCGAUUUAGCUACUGACGGACGGCAUGCGGUAGUAGAAUAUACUCAAGAUUGGCAAUUAGACGCUAGUCGAAGAGAUCUUACCAUAAAUGCUCUAUUUCUUGAUUUCGAAGGAGUUGUAUAUGAUUAUUUUAAUGGUAUUGAUGAUCUCGAACAUCGGCGUAUUCGUUUUGUGGGCGAUCCUGUUGAGCGUAUUCGUGAAGAUUAUCUUCGUAUUCUUAGAUAUUUUCGAUUUUUCGGUCGUCUUGCCAAUGAUAAUGCUACACAUGAUGAAGAAACAUUACGAGCAAUACGAGAGAAUGCCAAUGGUUUACAAAAUAUUUCUGGUGAACGUCUAUGGGUUGAACUCAAGCGCACUGCUGAAGGACGCAAUGCUGGCUCAGUACUAAGAAAGAUGCUUGAACAGAAUAUUGGUCAAUAUCUUGGUAUUCCAUCGGAUGUCGAUCUAAAUCAAAUAGAAGAUCAUUGGAGAAAAUGUCAUCAUGCUAAGCCAGAGGCUCUAACUAUUCUAACAAAACUUUUUCGUGAUAUGAAUGAAUUAUCUAAAUUUGAACAACGUAUGAAAUAUUCCAAUGAAUGUCGUCGUUUAUCUCAAUUGUUGGUCGCAUAUCGUGAUUCAAUAUCAAUACUUGAUCCGUCAUCCACCGAUCCAUUGAAACCAUAUAAAGAUUUACUGAUUGAUUUAUAUUUAUUUGAUCCAAUGAUAAAAGAAAAAAUUAUUGAAUUACUUAAAUAUCAAUAUCAUCUUCAUGAAGUUCAACAAUUAACAGAUUGGACAAUACCGAAUUUUCCGAUAUCUGCAGGAAUGCUUGCCUUAAAAGGUGUUAAACAAGGACCGAAUUACAAAACAAUUUUGAAUGAACUUCGACAAGCAUGGAAAAAUUCACAUUUCAAAGCCACAGAAAAUGAAUUACUUACUGAAAUCUUACCAAAAGUAUUAAAAAACUUGAGCACAAUCGAUCAAUCAACAAUAAUUCAUCAGAAGACAAUUGUCAAUCCACCUGCAUUUGCACUUCCGAAAAGACGUAAACAUAAAGAUGUAUCUUCGGAUAAUUCCAAAAGAACUUCUAAUGCUUCUUGA